AUGCCCGCAUUGGCUCAUGAAAAGGCUACAGCAAGAGACCUCAGGGCAAAGAAGACAAAAUCCAGGAACGGGUGCGGUCGAUGCAAGCUUAAAAGGCUCAAAUGCGACGAAACUGCACCAUCUUGCCUGCAGUGCAAAAAGAGAAAUGCCACCUGUCCCGGCUACGAGAAGACCCUCAAAUGGUCCACCAAAUAUGAAGUCCUCCAACCGAUGAAUUUCAACGGCUCUCCACCCAAGCCAAGGUCGACAGUAAAUACCACUGCGAUAAGCUCCAAGAUCACCGAGUCUGUACUGUCUCCAAGUGUUGCAAACGGAAUCGAAGCCUUAGCUGCUGUACUUCCCGCUAGCAAGAAGGACACAGCGCCUGGAGAGAGAGACACUCCCGGGCAAACAACGCCGCUACUUCAAUCUCCACCGGCUUUGGAGGAUCCCCCUUUCGUUCAUGAGUCUUCACCUGAUGAUGAUGAUUUCACACAGUACGUUGAUCCGUUCCUUGGAGAGGACGUCAUAGACCCCAGUUUGCUGGACGGCCUUGUCGAUGCGAUUUCCCUUCCUCAUGAUGACGGCAGCUUUGAUCCAUUCGAUGGGCUUGACCUAGACCCUGGGCCUUAUGAAGAUCAUGAAAUGGACAUGCGAGACCUCUCGUACAGCCAAAAUGUGUUUUCUUCUUCUUCAUCUUCCUGCUCAGCUUUAGCUAUCCGAACCCCCAAUCGAGAUUCCAGCUCGAGGCUCUCACGCUCACUACUUCUCGACUUUUAUCGCCUCCCAAGCCCUUCACCGAACCCUUCGUCACCGGAUGACGUUGAAUCACUUCUCAUACAACAUUACUUCAAAGACGUUUGUGCUGUUUUUUCUUCGUUCGAUUCUGUUCUCAACCCCUUCAGGACCACUAUCAGCCGGGUCUAUAAGGAGUCUCCUUCGAUCAACUAUGCGAUCCAGUCCAUGGCCGCAGCUCAUUUGGCCAACACAUUUCCUAACACUGCAACCAUUGGUAGGGAGCUACAGCGUAAGGCCCAUGACGCUUUGCAGGAAGAGCUUCCACUUGUCCAAAGUGGCCUUGGAAACAGCACCAAAACGUUUCUUAGCAUCAUGCUACUUGGUCUCACUACUUGCUGGCACGAUAGUAGCGACCUGGGUACAGAAUACCUCUCCACUGCUCGGAGUUUGAUUCUCCCAAAGCUUCUUAGCAGAUCUGAAGACGACGAAGUCCAACGAGAGGCGCAGUUCUUUGAAGAGUCCCUGAUCCAUUGGGAGAUGCUUAUGGGGUUUGUAACAGAGGAUGCGACUAGCUUUUCCCCGCCUUCUGGACUGCGACCUCGGGUGGUCUCUAAACAAAGUACACCUGCGGCUAGGUGUCCAGGCGGAAAAAUUGUACCACACCCCUGGACCGGCAUCGUGCCAAUGUUUCAGUUCCUACUUGCUGAGGUUGGGCGAUUGAUACGUAGAGAGCGAUUGAUGGACAAGGACUCCGCUAUGGACUUCAAACGGAGGCAAGAAAACUUCCAGAAUGCCAUGUCCUUGGAAGAAGACCUUCUAGCUGUGGAGUGUCCAUCAGUCGAUACAGUCGCCGACACAGGUGACGAGCGCACUCCGAAGCAACACUUCGUUAAAAUCGCCGAAGUGUAUCGUUGCGCCGGGCUUCUUGAACUCUACCGGGUAUUUCCCUCUAUUCUGCGCAAACGCUUGGGCACCGACAAGUUCGCUGGGACUGAGGCCGCCGACUUCCAGUUCCCCGUCCCUCGAUUUGAGACUCCACAUGAGGAUACCGAUAUCAGGUUAUGGCUCAACUCGCUCGCCAUGCACAUCCUUCGACACGUUGAGUCUGUUCCGUCGUCGUCUGGUACGUUCUGUGUUCAGCCACUCCUGCUUAUCAUAGCGGCAUCUGAACUCAAGUUUGUCUCUUCGGUGGACUUCUUUGACGUCCAUGCGAACGACUCGGAGAUCCUUCGAGCGCGGGAAUUUGUUAUCCGGCGCUUGCAAGAGUAUGCUUUAAGGCUUGCCAACAAGCCGCUUCGCCAGAUGAUCAAGCUUAUAAAAGAGACGUGGCGUCAGUCCGACGAGGGGCAUGACGCCUUUUGGAUCGAUAUCAUGAACGAGAAAGGAUGGCAUACUAUUAUGUGA